ACUCGUGUUAGUACGAAGUUCCUUCUACAUUCCGGAGCCAAGCCUACGACAGAAGACAUCGACCGUCUUCGUCGAUUCAUGCCGUUCUUCCCGUUCGUCGGGGAGAACGAGAGCGAGCAAGGAAGAUAGAGAGAUGUCGUGUUCUUCUUCAUCGGGUUCGGAGGAGGACGAGGGUGCCGAGGCGUACAGGAAGGGGGGUUACCAUGCCGUGAGGCCGGGAGAUCCCUUCGACGGAGGGAGGUACAUCGCACAAAGAAAGCUCGGAUGGGGAAACUUCUCCACCGUAUGGCUCGCCUACGAUACGAAAUAUGAGAAAUUCGUUGCUCUCAAAAUUCAAAAAAGUGCUGCAGAGUUUGCACAAGCUGCUGUCCAUGAGAUUGAGGUUUUAUCGGCAAUUGCUAAGGGAGAUCCCUCAAAUAGCAAGUGUGUUGUCCAAUUAUUUGACAAUUUUAAGCAUGCUGGUCCAAAUGGGCAACAUCCAUGCAUGGUAUUUGAAAAUCUUGGAGAUAGUCUACUUCGACUAAUCCGUUAUAAUCGAUAUAAAGGAAUUGGACUAAACAAUGUAAAAGAUGUGUGUAGAUCCAUCUUAUUGGGCCUUGAUUACUUGCACAGGGAACUUGGUCUUAUUCACACGGACUUGAAACCAGAAAAUAUUCUUCUUGUUUCUACCAUCGAUCCUAUGAAAGAUCCGAUAAGGUCAGGUUCUGCUCCAAUCUUGGUGAGGCCAGAAGGUAACCCAAAAGCGACCUCCGUUGUUAAUAGCAGCGAGAAGAAGCUUAAGGAGAGAGCUAAGUGUGCGAGAGCAAGGAUAUCAAAAAGAAGAGCAUCAAUGGGAGGUUUUGAACAAGAGGUGGUUGUGCAACAGGAGAGGACUUUAGAGGGGAUUGAUCUAAAAUGCAAAAUUGUAGAUUUUGGUAAUGCUUGCUGGGUGGAUAAACAAAUUGCAAGCGAGAUUCAAACAAGGCAAUACAGAGCUCCUGAAGUUAUUCUCGGGGCCGGAUAUUUCUUUUCUGCUGAUAUAUGGUCUUUUGCUUGCAUUGCUUUUGAGCUUGCCACUGGUGAUGUUUUGUUUUCACCUAAGGCUGGCCAAGGGUUUACUGAAGAUGAGGAUCACUUGGCUCUGAUGAUGGAACUCCUUGGAAAGAUGCCCAAGAAGAUUGCUAUUUCAGGAUCUCGAUCAAAGGACUACUUUGAUAGACAUGGAGAUUUGAAAAGAAUCCGCAGGUUGAAGUUCUGGCCCAUUGAUAGGCUUCUGGUUGACAAAUAUAAAUUCUCCGAAUCUGACGCUCGGGAGUUUUUUGACUUCCUUGCGCCGCUUCUUGAUUUUACUCCGGAGAAGCGGCCAACAGCAGCGCAGUGCCUCCAACACCCAUGGCUUAAUAAAAGUGGUUCGAACACCAAUGCUGAAACCAAAGGUGUAGACAAGUUGGCGAUGGCGACGGGUAAACUUCAGUUGUAAGUGGGCAAAUUAUUAGGUCCGGACAUCCAAUAAAAACUUGCCACGUGGACUGCGCUUUACCAUUCCACGUGGCAAGUUUUUAUUGGAUGUCCGGACCUAGAAAUAGGUGCGGUGACUGGACCUAAUAAUUUGCCUUUUAAGUGAGCGGAUAAUGGGUUGGCGUUAUGGUCUUCUGAAUUCCUCCUUUCUAACACAAAAUAUUUCAUUACUUUUUCUCAUUACAAUAUGAUAUAUAGAUGGAAAAGUGUGGCUGGAAGAAGAAUAUUCGAGUAUCAAAUUAGAGAUAACAAUGACUGGGCUUUUAAAGGAUGACUUCCCAUCAGAGAAAAAAUCAUAUAUUUUCGGGUCUUUUGUGUAUCCUUUCUCCUCUUCUGUGCGAUUAUAUUCAAUUUUGAGCAGUGUUUGUGAUGAAAAUAUGAUACCCAAAGUAUUCUUUGUAUUACUGACUAUGUUGAUAAAUCAACAGCCACAAAGACAUCAAAUUCUUAUUGUUUUUUC